UGUCCCGGCGGCACCACAGAAGAAGAAAGCUGCAUUUUGUCCUGGAAGAAAACAUCAGACAGCAGCUGCAGGUGAUGGAGUUCCCCCAGCAUUCUCAGCAGCUGCUGUCAGCUCUGCGUUCCCAGCGCCAGCGGGGCUUCCUCUGUGACUGCACCGUCCUGGUGGGCUCAUCCCGUUUCCUGGCUCACAGAGCUGUUUUGGCCUCUUGCUCACCUUUCUUCCACAUGUUCUACUCAGAUCCUCAAGGCGUCCUUGGUGGAAACAGCAGCAGCAGCUCUGUCACACUCGACAGCGACAUUGUCACGGCUGCUGCAUUUAGCUUGCUCUUGGACUUUGUCUAUGAAGGCGUUCUACAGCUGGGCGAGUCUCCACCAGUGGAGGACAUAUUGGCAGCUGCAAGCUUUCUGCAUAUGAAUGAGGUUGUAAGAGUCUGCAAGAAACGACUGCAGCGACGGGGUCCUCUGGCUGAGGCUGACAGCACUCGCUCUGAAGAAAGCACUGGAGCGAGAAGGGCAAUAGAGACAGGGAGGGAGGGUGGGGGGGACGGUGGAGCUGAGCCAGUGGUGGCCAUGGCAGGACAUCUCUUGGAUCCAGUCGCCAUGGCAGCACCAUACUUACCAGUGUGUAUAAUGACAGAGAGGCGUCAAUCUGUAAAGUCUGAGAGUAGGACUGGGGCGGGGUCUUCAGAAGCACGAGUUCAGACUCCUCUGAGCCCUGACAUCGCUGAUACCACACAGCCAGGCAUGGAUGCAUCUCCUCUGGCCCCCACCAGAGAACUGAUUCAGGGCCUCAUAACAGGCCGGUCUGCCCAGGGAGGUCACUCCAGGUCGGGGUCCGGAGGUCAUGGUGACGGGUCUGCACUCUGCAGCCCUUGCAGCACCACUGAGACAUACAGCAACAGCAAUAACCAGCAGCCCUCCUCAUCUUCUUCCUCCGUGGUGCCAGUGAGCCAGGCUAGCAGUCGGUCAGUGGUUGCUUAUUCCCAGUCAGGACCCGGUUUCUCCACCAGCCUCCUACAGGACGAUCACCGACUGGCAUGUGAUGUCUCUGUAAGGAAACCCUCAGAGGCUGACUACAGGGGUACAUCAGGCAGAGGACAACAGAUGGUCAAUUUAAUCCAAACAUCAGCCCUAACGGCACGCAACCCAACACACUCGCCAACACAGCGUACACUCCCCCAAAUUCGAAUCCAGAACACUAUGUCGCUUCAACGCCAAAGCUCGGACUUCCACCUGGCUACUCGGACACAAACCCUUAGAGGAUCUGAGGGGAAUAUGGGAGCUUCACCCACCACUACAAAUGAAAGGUCUCACCCUCUUAUGGGCAGAAUGAGGACAGACAACAAUGAUGGAGAGAAUGUGAACAUAAAAGUGGAGGCCAUUGUUAUAUCUGAUGAAGAGUUAGAGGAGGGAGCGGAACCAGUUAUGGAAGUAGACGAUGAGUAUGAGGAAGAAGAGGAGCUGCACAGCCCUCAGUUUCUCUCCUCCCAUCCACAGGGUCUCUCACAAAUGGCUUCUCAUUCAAAUGACUACUCCUUUCCCCUCUCUCCCUCCUCUUCCUCCUCUGGUGCCGGCCCUUCCUCACAGGACACUUCCUCCUUCCCCUUGGUUCCUCCAUCCACAGCCCAGCAGCAUUCGGAGCAUCCUGCCUACUUCCAGGACUUCCAGGACACUAUGGGAAACUUUGUGGAGGACGUCCCCACAUGUGGAGUGUGUGGAAAGACGUUCUCAUGUACAUACACAUUAAGGCGCCACGCCAUUGUGCACACACGCGAGCGUCCUUAUGAGUGUCGCUACUGCUACCGGAGCUACACACAAUCAGGGGACCUGUACAGACACAUACGCAAAGCUCACGACAACUCACUGCCAGCCAAACGCAGCAAGGCCGACAUGGACCCCUCCCUGCCACCACAACCACCACAACCACCACUACCACCACAACCACCACUACCACCACCUCUUAGUUAACACACACACACACACACCUUAUUAUAUUUCUAUACUCAUGCACACAUACCUUAAAGGUGGGGUAGGUCAUUUUGGAGAAACCAGCUCGAGUGCGCUAGAAUUUCAAAAUACACAACCGGAAA